CUCAAUUCAUUUUCUUCAAGCCAUCAAAAAAGAAAAUAAUUACCUCAAACAAACAAAAAAAAUCCAUCAAGCCAUGGCUUCAAUGCAAUUCUACAAAGAAGAAGGCAAAGAGUUCGAUUACUAUAGUUAUGGAAACCAAAAACCAACUACUUACUCGACUUCUUACUGUGAUAAAGAGAAGUGUUACGAAACCAAACCUGGAAUGAUGGGCUACGGCGCUAGCCAAGGCUUUCAACAUGGUAGCAACCCAUGUGGGCCGAUGAUGGGCCAUGGAACGGGCCACAACACUCAUGGAAUGGGCUAUGGUACGGGCUACGACGGUACGACUCAUGGUACGGGCUAUGGUUUGGGCCACAAUGGUACCCAUGGGAUGGGCUAUGGUACGGGCCAUAACAACACUCACUCUCAUGGAUAUGGCAAUCACAACAUGCACAAACCUGGGUCCAAUGGGCUUGGUAUGGGCCUGGGCCUGGGAACGAACACGCCAUUGAGCCAUGUUAUGGGCUUUGGUAAGAAACACGAGGGACAUAGUAGCUAUGGAAUGGGCUCUUCGGGUUGCACCACUUACAAGAAACAACACCGUAGGAGGAAGGGCAUGGGUGGUUACGGUAGCGGCAGCGACUGUAGCGACGGCAGCGACGAUGAGCGUCGUUACUAAAUUCAUUAUGACAGGGUUUGGUGUGUGGCAGCCUGGCUUAUGAGAAGGAAGAGAUUGAAUUAUAUGUCCCAGUACUAUAUAUAAGGGAGUAUUUAUGACAAUAAAAAAUAAGAAGCAAAUCAGCUAUGGCUAGCUAUUGACUACUGAAGUUAUAAUUAAGAUGUGUGUGUCUGUGUGUUGGUAUUUUAAAUACCAAUAUUAAUGUAACUGCUUAUUAUCUUUGGCAAUAAAACUAUGAUAUUUGUGUCGA